AUGGCCCCGACCGGCCUUCCCAUCCGCCGGGCCCGUUUCCCGUGUUCCGGGUGGCGGCCGCUCACCCCAUUCCGUGCCGGGUCUGCCUUGCACCGACCCAAUGUUAUGUUAGAGGACGAGAAGAACGGUUUUGGAUUCAUUCGCCAUAAUCCUCGAGACCCCAAACCAAGGAAGACUUCAGUCACUGAAAUUCGAGGGCCCUACUAUUCCGUCAUGGGCAAGAACUACCUCCAGGAUGUGCUCGAGACUAUGGGCUACUACGUCGACGGCCUAAAGUUUGCAGGGGGUUCCUUUUCUCUCUUCCCCGAAGAGAAACUCCAUGAACUAAUCGCUCUGGCUCACCAUCACGACGUUUACGUCUCAACUGGCGGCUGGAUCGAGCAUAUCCUAACCCACUCAGCCAACCCACAAAACGCAGUCGACCGCUACCUCGAGACCUGCAAGCGAAUGGGCUUCGACGUCAUCGAGCUAUCCACCGGCUUCCUGUCCCUCCCGCCCGACGACUGGCUGCGCCUCGUCGACCGGGUCCGCGACGCCGGGCUGACCCCGAAACCGGAAAUCGGGAUCCAGUUCGGCGCCGGCGGCGACACGGCGGCGUCGGAACUCAAGAGCAUGGGCCAGUCCGACCCGUCCAAGGUCGUCAACCUGGGGAAACGCUUCCUCGACGCCGGGGUCGAGCGCCUCAUGAUCGAGAGCGAGGGCAUCACGGAGAACGUGGAGACGUGGCACACCGAUGUCAUUCAGACCAUCUUGCGCGACUUGCCCAUGGAGAAGGUCAUGUUUGAGGCGGCCGACCCGGCUGUGUUCAACUGGUACGUGCGGGAGUUUGGGAUCGAUGUGAACUUGUUCGUCGAUCAUUCGCAGAUUGUUCAGUUGAGCGCGCUUCGGGCCGGUAUCUGGGGCAUGUCGGACACGUUUGGGAAGGUGACUAGCUUUCGCUAG